AUGUCCGACGUACCACCAACCGAGUCCAUUCCAAAGCCAGAAGAACCGACAGCCCCAGCACCACAACAGACUAAGACUAAAACACUUACAUUUUUACGCUUGACUUUUUACAAUUUGAACUUUGUUCGCGUAGAUGUGAAUUCUGAAAGAAGUAUGAGGGUCUUGUAUGACUUUGUACUUCUCCCAUAG